AGUAGGCUAUGGUCGGGGCAUUUCCUCCAUUUUCCUCAGAUAUCCCGAAUUGAACCCAAACAGAAAGAAUACAAAGAAAGUCAAAUUGGAAGACUUUCCAGUCUUUUAGGCAAUUAAUAUAAGAAAACCAUCCUCACUGUCCUUUGCUGGCUUCCCCUUUCAAAAAUACAGCCUGUUAACGACAAUAAAGGAACUAUUAGUGCUCAUCAUUUACUGCAUCGAUAAAUUUUGACUUGUUCUAACUGAGUUGUUCAUGCUCCUCUCACCUCUGGGCAUUUAACCUUUUGUUGUCAGGCUCUGGCUUGCCCAUUUUUUUGUUUGCCUUCAAUUCUUGGUUAGUUUUUUUCUGGAUCAAUCAAUCAUAGUUUCCAAUCUGGUGAAACAGAGUCUGGGUGCAUCUUUCAAAGCUUUUCUUUCAAGGAUAUUUAUACCCACGUUCAAAGAAACAGGCAUUGAGGGGCUCGUUUUUUGGUAGUUGAGUGAUUUAGAAGAUUGGGUUUGAUGACAUGAGCACUUCCAGAUUCAUCAAGUGUGUGACCGUGGGUGAUGGAGCUGUGGGGAAAACAUGCAUGCUCAUUUCCUAUACAAGCAAUACUUUUCCAACUGACUAUGUACCAACGGUGUUUGACAAUUUCAGUGCAAAUGUGGUUGUUGAUGGUAAUACGGUGAACUUAGGAUUGUGGGACACUGCAGGCCAAGAAGACUACAACAGGUUGAGGCCCCUCAGUUACAGAGGUGCGGAUGUAUUUCUUCUUGCCUUUUCUCUGAUCAGCAGAGCUAGUUAUGAGAAUAUAGCAAAGAAGUGGAUUCCAGAAUUGAGACAUUAUGCACCAACUGUGCCGAUCAUUCUUGUUGGAACCAAAUUAGAUUUGCGUGAUGAUAAACAGUUCUUUUUAGACCACCCUGGUGCAUUUCCAAUAACUACUGCUCAAGGUGAAGAGUUGAAGAAGCAAAUUGGAGCUGCAGCAUAUAUUGAAUGCAGUUCCAAAACACAACAGAAUGUGAAGGCUGUUUUUGAUGCUGCAAUUAAAGUGGUUCUUCAGCCACCCAAGCAGAAAAAGCGUAGAAAAAAACACAAACAAUGCUCCAUUCUUUGAGGGAUCUUGAUCUGUGGAACUUUUCCUAACACUUCACUAACUAGAAGGCUGACAUAUGUUUUUCUCUUUGCAAGUGUCUUGUCAGAAUUAUUCCAGACACUUUAGAAUUGUAGAGAAAUAGAUUCAUAAUCCUAGUUACUUCUUGGAAAGCCUUUCAGUGUUCCACUGUUGUUUAAAAAUAUCUGCCCUAUCCAGGUUUUUUAAUCCUUUUCAUUUUUUCAGGUGAUUGACUUCUUGUAUUCGUCUUGCUAUAACUGCCAUUGCUAUACUUCAACUGGAAGAUUCUAACUAUUUUCUUUAAGCAGCUGAAGCUAUAAGCUUAAUGACUUAUUACAAGAAAAGAAGUGUCCAUGACCCUGAAGAUCAUGUGAGUUUUUGUAAUAUUCCAAUGAAGAGCCCCUGAUAUAUUGCUCAAAUGUGCAAACUUGAAAUUAGCUGUAAAUUGUAUUGCCUAACCGUGCCUGGAAACAAGUUGCAUAUAUGUAUAAAGCAAGCCUUCUUGAAAGUGAAGUCUGAUUUUUUAUUUUAA